GGCCAGCCCUGCCCUCCCUGCCCACGCACCUCUCCUGCUGCUCGGAGCAGCGUAAGGCAGUAGCAGAGCUGCCAUGGAAGCCAACACUUCCCUCUGGCACAGCUACCUCGGGGUGAUCGUGUCCCGCGAGAGGCAGCGGGUGGAGCAGUUCCAGCGGGCCGAGGACAUCCUGCUCACCCUGCUGGAGAGCGUCCAUGCCAGGGAUCCCCGAUUCCUCGUGGACUACGCCAGGAACCUGGAAGCCUUCGAGUUUGCUCUCGGUGCCUCUGAGGACGCUGUCACUCUCGAGGUGCCCCUGCGCAUUGACGGCGACACCCUGCGUGUGCUGGCAUGCCGGAGCAGGGACACCCCGGGCGGGCAUCCUGCAGAGCUGAACGCCUGCUGGCUGGAAGUGUGCUCUCCAGGGACUGAUUUGGAGGACUGGACUGGUGGUGUGGAUGUGAUGGAGCACGGAGGUGGUGCCAGGUGCCUGCUUCCAGGCAAAAUCCUCCAGCACCUGAAAGAGCUCCUUGUUUCAGCCAUCGUGCGCUGCCAACGCCUCUUCCUGCUUCAGCCAGGUGACAUCAGUGCUGAAAAUCUGCGGGAAGAUGCCAUGGAGCUCUCCCUGCUGAUCCGUGGCAGCUGGAAGACCAUUCGCUUCGACAUUGUUCCUGUGGUGAGGAGGCAGCAGGAGCCGCUGCAGCUCCAGAGGCUGCGGAGCGACAGGGGCUUCCCUGAAGGCAGCCUCAGGAGGGCCAUGGAAGAGGCUCACUUUGUCCCUGCCUCUCCCCACUGCUGGAGCUCCUCCACUCACCUUCCCAUCCUGAAGCUGCUCCGAGGAGUGGACACCCUGCAGGGGCCCCGUCUGGACAGCCUUCGCCUGCUCGACCAGCUCCGUGACCAGGACUGGGGAGGGCACGGGGGGACAGGUGCCCUCACGUUCAACCACCUGAAGAUGGUGUUGCUGUGGAGCACAGAGCUCUUCCCCUCCCCGGAGGACUGGCAGGACCUGGAAGGCUCUGUCUACAGGCUCUUGGUGAUCCUUCUCCGCUGCCUGGCCACCCAGCACCUGCCCCACUUCCUGAACCCAGAGGAAAACCUCUUCCAAGGAGCUGCCCCAGACCUUGCCUCCCUCUACCAUAAAGUGGAGAGCUUUGCCUGGGACCCCCAACGCUUCCUUCGCUUCCACUUUGGCCUCCAUGGGUUCAGUGGCAGCUGCCAGGCGGACACAGAAACCCGAGCCCUCCUGCAGCUCCCCACCGAGGAUGGGUCCUGCUGGGACACAGCCUACUUUGACAUCCUGCUCAGCCAGUUUCAGGUGUACCGGAUCCAGGACAGUGCACGUUGCUCAGCAGCAUCCCAGCUCCUCUCCAGGAUCCGUCAAGAAAUCCCUCAGCAGAGCUGAGUGGGACCCUGCUGCUGCCCCAUUGGGGUGUCUCGAAACUCUGGGGGGUGCAAGGAGAGCUACAGGGCCAGGGAGCAGCGUCCUGCUGUGUAAUUUUAUUGAGGAAAGGUGGUACGGGGGAGAGAGCACAUCUGCUGCAUGUGGUGGGGCACCCACAGACUCUUGGCUGCCCUGGUGGACCUGGGCACUGGGUGCUCCAUGGUACAGAAUCUGGAGGGGGAUGGCUGGCAUUCUGCUCCAGAGGGUGGGAAAGGCUGAGGUUGUUGGUGAUGGGAGGGGAAGUGACCUAUGGUCAGACCCUGCAUCCAACCCUCUGUCAGCUUGCUGAGGGUCACCAUGCCCUUGGGCCAGGGGGAGGGGAAGAACUGAGGGGCCAGGCCAGUGUGGGGGGUGGUGGGAGAGCUGGUUUUGAACCACAUCUCGUAUCUGCUGAGCACAGCCCUCUCCUCCACGUGCCCUGCUAUCCCAGCUCCUUUCCACUGUGCCUUGGCUUGCUGGAUGUUGCCGUGGUGGCUCCUGCCAGCAUCUGUGGGUAUUGGUGAUUCCGAGAUUGUAGAAAGUCUCUGUCUUUCAGCCCCAUUGCCAAAGAAGAAGCCA